UCAACGGACGGCUUCACAAUUAGCUUUCUAAGAUGAGGAUUUUAUUUACUGUGCUUUUGUGUCUUACUUUGGCUGUUUGCAGCCCAAUAGGAACUUAUCGGAAUGACUUUGUCAUAGGUGAACGUCAAGAAGACGAUUAUCUCAUUACUGACAGAGUUAUUAUUAAGCCUCCCUUUAUCAAGCCUAUGAUAAUCACAAUAGGUGUAAGAGCUCCAGACAAUGCGAUACUCACUCAUAUUAAAAUCACAAAUAUCGGAAAUCAACGAACUCGAUUUAUACCGAAAAGACUCAGUCGGACAAAUAUGGUUAUAAUGGUUAUUGGAAGACAUGGAGAAGGAAUGCAUGUACACGUGGAAGGUUUUGCAAAAAGUAUUUUAACAACACCUGCUCCAAGUACAACUAUCAAGACACCUAAUAAUGAAGAUAACAGCGCAUCUAGUAGCGAAGAAAGUAAGAACACAUCUGAAACUUCUGAAAAUAGUGAAGAAAACAAUGGAAGUAACGCACCUGAUGCUGGGGAUAAAAACAACAGUGCACCCAAUGCCGAAGAUGAAAACAAUAGUGCAUCCGAAGCAGGGGAUAGAAGUAACAACUCAGCCGAAGGUGGCAAUAAAGAGAACAACGCACCCAAUGCCGGAGAUGGAAAUAACAACUCAGCCAAGGAUGGCAACGCACCUGAUGAAAACAGUGCACCUGAUGCAGGAGACAAGGAUAGAAAUAAAUCAGUUGAAAGUGAUAAUAGAGGAAACAGUGCAUCCAAUGCUAGAGAUGAAGGAAACAGCGCACCUGAUGCAGGAGAUAAAAAUUCCAAUUCAGCUGAAAGUGGCAAUGAAGGAAACAGUGCACCUAAUGUCGGAGAUGGAAAUAACAACGCAGCCAAUGAUGGCAAUGGAGGAAAUAGCGCACCUGAUGUAGGAAAUGGAAAUAACAACUCGGCCAAAGAUAGCAACAAAGGAAACAACGCACCUGAUGCCAAGGAUGAAAACAACAGCGCACUCGAUGAAGAAAAUAGAAAUAACAACUCAGCCGAAGAUAGCAACAAAGGAAACAACGCACCUGAUGCCAAGGAUGAAAACAACAGCGCACUCGAUGAAGAAAAUAGAAGUAACAAUUCAGUCGAAGAUAGCAACAAAGGAAACAACGAACCUGAUGCCAAGGAUGAAAACAACAGCGCACUCGAUGAAGAGGAUAGAAGUAACAACUCAGCCGAAAAUAGCAACAAAGGAAACAACGCACCUGAUGCCAAAGAUGAAAACAACAGCGCACUCGAUGAAGAGGAUAGAAAUAACAACUCAGCCAAAGAUAGCAAUGGAGGAAAUAGUGCACCCAACGCCGGGGAUGGAAGAAACAAUGCACCUGAUGCUGAGGAUGAAAAUAAUGACUCAACCAAAAAUGGAAAAGAAGAAAACAGUGCACCUGAUACCAAAGAUGGGAACAACGCACCCAAUACUGGGGAUGAGAACAACAGUGCACCCGAUGCAGAAAAUAGAAAUAACAACUCAGCCGAAGAUGGCAAUGGAGGAAAUAGUGCACCCGAUUCCAAAGAUGCAGGAAACAACGCACCUGAUGCUGAGAAUGAAAAUAACUCAGCCAAAGAUGGAAACGGAGGAAAUAACGCACCUGAUACCAAGGAUGGGAACAACAGCGCAGGGGAUAAAAAUAACAAUUCAGCCGAAAGUAACAACGGAGGAAACAAAACAUCUGAUGCCGAGGAUGAGAAUACCAACUCAGCUGAAGAUAGCAACGCAAGAAACAGCGCAUCCAAUGCUGAGGAUAAAGAAAACAUCACAUCCGAUGUCAGGGAUGGAAAUAACAAUCCAAUAGAAGAUGAGGAAAACACCGCACCUGAUGCUACGGAUGAAAAUGACAACUCAGCCAAAAGUGGCGAUGGAGAAAACAGUAAUGGAAACAGCAUACUUGAAGAUGGCGAUGGAAGCAAUGGCGCACCCGAAAGUAGUAAUGGAAACAACACCAUAUCCAAUGAUAACGAUGGAAACAAUGCACCCAUUCAUGGAAAUGAAAACAAUACGCUUAAUAACAAUGGAGACAACAGCACAGCCAAUGAUAAUAAUAGAAACAACAGCGCAACUGAUAAUAGCAACGACGACAACGACAACAAUAAUUCUGACAUGAGAAUAUCAACUCAGCCGAAGAUGACGACGCAAUAAACAGCUCAUUCGAUACUGGAAAUGAAAAUAACAACUUAAUAGAAUGAGGCUGGAAGAAACGCCAUCCGGUUUAUAGUAUUCUGCUACAAACAUCUAAUUUAAAGAAUAUGCAACAGUUAUAAUAUAUAUAUUCAUAUAUAUAUAUAU